AUCGUCUCUCCAACGUCUCAAGUUCAAUUUUCAAAGGAGACGCAGGUCAUGUGACUGGCUAUUCUCGUCCUCAUUGUCCCCAUCAUCCUCAUCAUGCUCAAGGCUUACAAGAACCUCUCACCCAAGACGCGUCUCGGCGUCGGUGUCGCGAUCAUCGCUUGGGGCGCCGGAGGACUCAUGUUGACUGAUCCACUUGAGAAGUCUCUCGGCUUGACUCCAACUGAAGAGGACAAGGCUGUGUUGGACAAAUACACACCAAAGAUCACCACUGUUGACAAGAACGAGAAAGACGGCAGCUGAACUGAAACUGAAACUGAACUGAGAAGUUUGCAAUACAUAUAUAAUAAGGCAUAUCUAUACGUCUCCCAAGCGCAGUGUUUCGUCAAGUAGGUAUACCUAGUGAACAAAGCGCAGCAUUGUCAAGGAUUGAUCUCAUUACAUCAGAAACAAACGCAUGACAUAAUACUUCACAAUUGGGCACUAAGAAUAUAGGCAAAC